ACUCCGUCCGUGAAACAUAAAUGAACGUGGCUAUUAAUAUUAGGAGCAAAUUUUGAUUGACCUAUAAUUAGUUAAAAAUGAAUAUCAUUUCCCACAAAUUAUCAGUUUUACAGACUGUAUUUCUUGCAACAGUAUUCUUGCCCUUCAUUAACUGUUAUUUUGUAUGUGUAGAUGCCCAUGCAGAAUAAUGUUUUUUUGAUAAAGUAACGGCCGGUACAAAAAUGGGUUUGACAUUUGAAGUAGCUGAAGGAGGCUUUUUGGAUAUUGACGUAAAGAUAACUGGACCUGAUGGAAAAGUUAUUUACCAAGGUGAAAGAGAAUCAAAUGGCAAAUAUACAUUUGCUGCUCAUACAGAUGGUGUCUAUACAUACUGUUUCAGUAAUGCCAUGUCUACUAUGACUCCUAAAAUAGUAAUGUUUUCUAUGGACAUUGGCGAAGCUCCUAAGGGGCAUGAUGCUGAAGCUGAAGCUCACCAGAAUAAACUUGAAGAAAUGAUUAAAGAAUUAUCUACAUCUCUGACUUCAGUAAAACAUGAACAGGAAUAUAUGGCUGUCAGGGAUAGAAUCCAUAGGGCUAUAAAUGAAAGUACUAAUUCUCGAGUUGUACUUUGGGCUUUCUUUGAAGCAGCAGUCCUUGUUGCAAUGACAGUAGGCCAAGUUUACUACUUGAGAAGGUUUUUUGAAGUGAGAAGAGUAGUGUAAAACUGUGUAUUUAUUUGAUAUGUGAAUUUUAUGUAGUGUUUGGCACAAUAAAUCUGUUUUGUUUGGUAUUCUUUUAA